AUGUAUUCCAUAAAUCAAAGUCGAUUGAGUGUGAUGACAAUUUGUCCAUAUGGGCAUCCAACAAACCCUAAACGACCCAACACACUGAAACCCCCAACCCUUCUUCGAUCAAAAGAUGAAAUUGGCCGGUUUGAAGACAGCGGAGAACGCCCACGAUGAGUCCAUAUGGGCAUCCGCGUGGGUUCCGGCGACGGAUAACCGACCGGCAAUCCUUCUCACGGGCUCACUCGACGAGACAGUGCGUCUAUGGCGACCUGAUGACCUAUCACCUGCGGGGCCUCCGUCCGGCGGCCAUGCCCUCGGUGUCAUCUCAGUCGCCGCCCACCCCGGCGGUGUGAUCGCGGCCUCCGCUUCCCUUGAUAGCUUCAUCCGGGUGUUCGAUGUUGACAGUAACAGUUCUAUUGCAACUCUAGAGGCGCCGCCCUCUGAGGUCUGGAACAUGCAGUUCGACCCGAAGGGCACCAUUUUAGCAGUGGCCGGAGGCAGCAGUGCAUCAGUCAAGCUAUGGGACACAUCCUCAUGGCAGCUCAUCGAUUCGCUAGCCAUUCCCCGGCAAGAAAGUUCUCGUCCUUCCGACCGUGUCGGCGGCGGCAAGUUCGCGCUCUCCGUUGCCUGGAGCCCGGACGGCAGCCGGCUAGCUUGCGGAUCCAUGGAUGGCACAAUUUGCGUCUUCGAUGUUCAUCGUGCGAAGUUCCUCCACCACCUCGAAGGCCAUUUCAUGCCGGUUCGAUCGCUUGUGUACUCCCCUUUGGAUUAUCGUGUCGUCUUCUCGGCCUGUGACGACACCCAUGUUCACAUGUAUGAUGCUGAGGGCAAAAGUUUAGUUGCCAGCAUGUCCGGGCAUUCGAGCUGGGUGCUGAGUGUGGAUGCAAGCCCAGAUGCUGCAGCCAUUGCUACGGGGUCUAGCGAUCGGACCGUCCGGCUCUGGGAUCUAACCAUGAGGGCAUCGGUGCAGACGAUGAGUAGCCACUCGGAUCAAGUUUGGAGCGUGGCUUUUCGUCCGCCUGGCAUGACGGGCGUUCGAGCGGGUCGGCUCGCUAGUGUUUCGGAUGACAAGAGCAUUUCUCUGUAUGAUUACUCUUAAGGGGAGAAAUGCCAUUUUAAUUUUUGCAGAUUUUAGCAAUUCUAAUUUUCACCUUAUUUUUUUAGUUUUCUUGGAAGAAAUUGGGACUGAGGCCGGACUAAUGCCCUGUUGUUUCAUGGAAUGUUCUUCGGGGAUGGAGUAAUAAUGGCUUGCCUGAUAGCUGAUUUAGCUCAUUAUUGUGCAUUAUAUGCUAUGAAAUGGUUAUUUGCUGACAAUC